AUGGACGUACACCCUGUGGCUAGUGGCAAUGGCGCUAUAGCUGGACCUUCGUCAGGCACCCUUCCUACGGGAGUCUCUGCUAGCGGUGCUGGCACCGGUUGUGAUCAGCAAGAGGAGAAACCCUCGUUAUUCUCGUCAGAUGAAAACUGGGAUUCGGAAAGGAAACUAGUGACCGCUUUAUCGAUGUUGCAACAAAUGGAAGCUAAGAUCCACGCUCUUCGAACCCUUGUCCCGACCCGCUUGCUCUCCCCCUUAAUACCUAUUGCGAAUCCCGAUUCACGAACGCCAAUACCGAAAUCUCCGCUAGAUAUGUUUGAGGAGCUCUCCCGAACGGCUCGCAAUGGAGUGGCUGAAGUGGAGAACUUCAGGUCUGAAUGGCAGAACCCGGAUAUGAAGGCCAUCUGGGAUCGAAUAGACCUGAAGCUAGUUGAAAGCGGAGGUGACUACCCGCCAACGACAGGGAUGUGGGAUCGGGACUAUGAGAAUAUCUUGAAAAAUCUGGAUAGGGAAGAGACUAUGGAGAAGGAGCAGAAGAGGCGGCUGGAGGAAGAGGAGGAAAAGGUCAGAGCGGCGUCUAGUGAAAGUGGAUGGAAAGACGUCAUUGAGGAGUACAAGAAAAGUGAUAUUCCGAUAUCCAUUAACGUUCCGCGACUUGCCGAUAAUGUUGGUCGCUUCUCCGUCACGAUCAAGAAAAUUUCAUUGCAAUUUUGUAUCCUUCAAGGACCGUGCUACGAUAGCAAGAGCCCCAGGGAAUGGCAAGUGAUGAUCGUACCUCGAGGGAACGCAACCAAGAUGGAAACGGAGAUAUUGGACUGUAUCAAAUUGAGAGACAGGAAAUGGGACCUCCGGUAUCUUCUGACUGUUGGGGUUGUAGGGGAGGGUGCCAAUGGUUAUGUCUGGGCCUUUGUUGGAGAGGACUUCCUCGUACCGGCGGCCAGGUGGCCAUCGUGCUGGGUUGCCGGGUUGGGGGUCUCUGGGCCAGAUCCAGGCUAG